UUGAGAGAUAGCUCAUAUUUACAUGUCCAAGAAUCUUUUUUCCUACUGUGUUUAACGUCGCUUUCAGUAGACGUAACACACAAAGGAAAUUGCAGUGUUGUUGUUGGACACUGUGUCCUAGCAACCUACGGAAAGCCUAAACUUGUUCGUUGAAGAAACCCGCUGUCCUCUUAACGUUAUCUCAGCACACCGCGAAUGAAUUAAAAUUAAUUAAAAAUACGAAGUACACCAUGUGGUAAAGGAUGACUCCACAACCUCGUUUAAUGUGGAUUUAUUAGUGUUAUAUUCGUUGGCGGCAACACACCAAAAAACGUAGCAAAGAUGAUAAUAGAAACGCUCAGUCUGACUUGUGAUAGAGUCCUGUCACACCGGCAGCUUGCAUGUUGUCAUUCUUAUUGUGGCCUACCACUGCGUGGCAAGGAAAUGCUGAUUUACAGUAAUAUGGACACAGAGCUCGAGCCCCUACUGCUGACUGGCCACCAUGGUGAAAUCAAUGCCAUGACAUUUGGAAAAGGAAGCAGACCUGUUCUCCUCUGUUCCGCCUCUGCUGAUUAUAUCAUUGUCUGGGAUAUUGAACUGUGCCAGAGGAGAGCGCAGGAGGGUAAAGUUGCAUGCGGCACAGUUAUUGGGACUUUGCUGGGUGAAGUUGUUCACCUGUCAUUCUGUUUCUCUGAUGAACGAGUGGCUGCAUGCUCAGGUGCAACUGUAUAUGUUCUCAGCUCAAAGAAACAUGAAGUGAUCUCUACCUUGACCAGUCACCUUGGACCUUUAACAUCAGCAGAGUUCUGCCCCUGGAAUAAAGACUUUCUUGUCUCUGCGUCAGAGGACCGCACUUUUAAGGUGUGGAAUUUAAAAACUGAAACUGUUUGCUACCAGUCUUUUGUGCUUUCAGCCUCUCCACUGCUCAGUGUGUUCUUCUUGGAGGAGAACCGGCAGCUUAUCACAGGCUCAACUGAUGGACAGGUGUGGUGCUUUACUCUUCCUGAUGACCAUAAGUGUCACCUGGUGACCAAAAUGGACCUUCAGAAGAUGGAAAAAAGAUAUGAAAUGCACCAACAAACCUUGAGCCAUCAAGAAGAACAAUCACCUGCAGAUAAAGUGGAGACUUCAAAACCUAUCCUCAAAAUGGCUUUAUGUAACUCAUUCACAGAUACCAGUGAAAAGGACAACAGCUGGUUAUGUAUUGGAAGCUCAGAUGGCCUGUAUGUGGUGAAUGUGGCUUCCUCAGAACUCCUAUCCAUACUAUAUUUUAAAGAUUACCCAAACCUGAGCAUCUCAGUGGCUGGGUCAUGGUCAGUCUCUCCAGGGUGGGAUAACUCUAUGGUGUUUUUGGUGAGCUCUUUGUUUACUCCAUGCGUGGUCCUGUUGGAGUUUCGUCUGUGCAACUUAGGAAGGAUUUGGCCUUCUGGUGAAGUCUUUUCAGUAUUCCCAAGUUCUCCCCUACUGCCUGAAUCUCCUCUGAAUGCUGAGUUGAAGAAGAAGGAGCCCAACGGUCCUAAAAAGAAAGGAGGAAUAAAGGAGCAGCCUCUGGUUUUCCAAUCAAAAGUGAAGUCAUCUGGAUAUACCAGUGCUCCCAGAAGAAGUAUGUUUUCACCUAAAACAAAUAUUCAGAAGAAUUCCUCCUCAAAAAAGUUAACCAAAAAUGUAGGUUUACACCUCAGAGAUUAUCCAGCAGACAGUGCAGCACCUUCGAUUCCACAUGUUCAUUUAAGCACUGGCAACAAGCCAGUCUACUGCCUUCAGUAUUCAGGUGACGGAAAACAAAUCCUGUGUGGUCUUGGCGACAGCUCAGUGUUGAUGUACAGGUCCUUGCUUACUGGCAAUCCAACUGUCUACACAGGCCGCGACAAGCCAGUGAGGAGCGUCAGCUGGAGCCUCAACAGACAGUUUUGGCUGAGUGCAUCAGAGGACCAGUCAGUCCAAAUUUGGACCCAUGGCAACCCAGAGCCUGCCAUUAUUAUGGGCAAAAGUAUAUUCUCCAAACCCAUCAGAAGUGCACAGUUUUAUUACCUUGACAAAUUUCUUCUUGUGGCAUCUGGACCAUCUUUGUAUUUGUACCUGUAUAAUGUGGACAUCACACAUGAUGACAUCAAGAGAUAUCAGCACCGGAGUGUCGUCAAAUUGGCAAAAAGCUUUGAGACGACAUCAGCAACAGACAUCACUGCCAUGUCUGCAAUCAAUGAUUUCUUCUCUUACAUCGUUCUGGUGUGUGGUUCGGAUCGCUCCAUUCAAGUAUUCGACAUGAAUAAGGGUGCAGUUGCCUCAGAGCUGCCUGAUGCCCACAGCAGAGCCGUCCAUGGCAUUACACAGAACAAGGGCUCCAUGUUUAGCACACAAGCACCGGAUUCUUACAACCUCUUUCUCACUACUGCAGUAACAGAUGGUGUGAAGAUUUGGGACCUCCGCACACUUAGGUGUGUACGGCGUUAUGCGAACCAUUUAAAUCGCUGCCACCCCUGCUCAUCAGCCAUCUCACCAUGUGGCCGGUUCAUUGCCUCAGGCUCUGAGGAUAACUGUGCCUAUGUGUAUGACAUCCGUAGCAGCAGCUACCUCCACAAACUUCAAAAACACUCAGACACGGUGCUCAGUGUGACUUUCAACCCUGCCAAACCAGAGGUUGUCCCCAACAUGAAUUUAAAGCUGUUUUCUUUACUUGGCCUGCAAUAAAUCAGAACUGAUUCAGGGACUGUAUGGAGUCUUGCCAAGGCAUAUACACAUUAAGUAAAAUUUAACACAGGACAAAAACCUUUGUCUGUCUUGAUUUGCUGUUACAGGAAAAUGAGAAAUGAAAUUUUAAGGUGAUACUUGAUAUCAGCAACUUUUCAGUGUCUCAGACAAAAUCUCCAGAGCAUUUCUUACAAAGCAACAUUUCACGUUGGAAAUGUUUUAUUGUCCAGUUAAUGAUUUUUCUUUUUAACUGUCCAAAGCAAGUCCUUUUGAAAAAGACAGCUUUGAAAAUAAAAUAUCGCACCCACUGCUGGACAUCCUCGGGAAACUUAUUGUUGACUCUUUUGGACUUGAAACACAUGUUUUAAAUCUGCAUGUCCAUGUGUGUGACUCCAUUCAGUUAAACUUUGCAGCACAAAGAUACAUUCAGAUUUCCAAGUUUGAAAGUGGAAAGUUUGAUCCAUGGAUAUUUACUGGCUAAAUUACAGUAAUCUGCAAAGUUUGAAGACACACUUCAUCAGUCAGAGCAUUCUUGCUCCCCGUCGCUACUUCUGCACAUUCUGUUUUGUUUGAUAGGACAUGUGAUCAAAGCCAAAAGUCUUAAAAAAAUCAAGAUAAGUUGACUCUACUGCCUGAACCUGUUGUGUUUUACAUCGCAGGGGUCAGGUGAUUGAUAAGGAUUAAAGCAAUAUUUUAAUCAAACAGAAAAUUUAUGUGACCACUUACUAUGUUUGCAAUAUAGUGAUACAAGACAAAUUCUUUCCUCAUGGAAAUCUGGUCAUAUUUCUUAUAAAAUGUUUGCAUGUGUGCAAAUUAUCAAAACCUUUUGUCUUCAGUGAAGUGUGUCAAAUUGUAUCAAUCUGAUCUAUAUAUGUACAUCCCCUAUUGGCCAUCACUUCUUUCUGUUCUUAGAUUUGUGUCACUGAUGGAUCUCAUACUACGAGAACCUGCCAAGUUUUGACCACGCUGAAGUCGUAAAACUCACAAAUGUAUGAAAAGUUUGGAGGGUUCCAGAGGGUCUGCAGCUAAAUACAGAGCUAUGACAAGCCUUCCCAUCCUCAAAAUCAGGAUGUCCCCACAAGCACAUUCAAAGAAUGCUAAAAGUUAUGUAUUCUUAACAUAGUGUUUAUAUUGUGCUGACACAUAGUCAGAGUCACCAAUCAUAAAAAAAAAACCCUCAGGUACAGUGUGCUUGAUUAUACUUUUACUUUUUAUUCAUGCUUUAUGUUUACUUUGGUACUGUAGUCCAUCUCAUUUUUUUUUUCAAAAAUAAUUUAAAGCCCAGAAAUAGUUGCUCAUGAAAUAAACUUGCCAUCUAACCAAUAACCAGUGAAAAGCAGUAAUACUGUAGUUUAUUGAAUUAUUGAAGCAGUUCUGUAUUGGCAAGCUGUCUGUUCCAGUGAUUGUGAAGCAGUUGUCUGAAUGCAAUUAGCACACAGCUGGAUGCAGUCUUGUCCAUUCACCACAGCACAGCUACGUUUUGUCUGCCUAGCCAAAGGAACAGAGCUGUUCUUGAUCAGUGACUUAAAACAACAUUCACUGUGGCCUAUUUAGUCUUUCUCAGGACCUCUUAAAG